AUGUCUGCCCCUCAGACAUACGAUAUCUAUGAUCCCUCUCUACCGGCCGAUCACCCAUUUGUGACUCGUGCUUCCCAGUUCCAAUUUCACCUGCCACUGGAGCCAAAAUCGAACGAAAUCAUGACCCCGCAACCAUGGUGUCAGGCCGAAGACGCCGCCCUUAACAUGGGUUAUCUUCCCCCUGAUUUCUCCGCCUGGAACAGCGGCCUCUCGACAAUAUCCGAUCCCCAAAGUCCCCGCAGCAGCAAUAGCGGCAGUAUCCUAGGCAUGAAUUGCAUCGCAUCACCAGCUUUCCGUCACGAGGAUAUCUCUCUUCCCAUCGAUGAAUACCCCGCGCCCGACGGACUUGUCGAUAUUGACCACUCAAUCGCCUUUUCCCAGUCUCCCCUCGAUAGGCCUCUCGAUCAUCCUUCGCCAUUCGAUACAGAAUUCGAUGCCUGGUCGGGCAGUCAAUCGGACCGAAAUGUUACGCCCGAACAACAAUGGUCCGCUCCUUUCCCCACAGAGCUGGCCUUUCCGCAACCUAUUCGCCAAAACAAGAGCCGCCCGGCUAGAGCGGCAGCUUCAACGUCUACUUCCAAGGGGGUUCGCAAAUCAGCUGAGCGCAGACCAACUUCCAACCCUGGUCGCAGCAGGCGGCGACGCGGGACCACCGGUAAUAACAGUUCAGCCCGGACAUUCACCUGCAGUUUCGCACCGUACGGUUGCGAAAGUACGUUCGUCUCGAAGAAUGAGUGGAAGCGCCAUGUUACGUCGCAGCAUUUGCAGCUUGGGUUUUAUCGCUGUGAUGUUGGAAAAUGUAGUGCUUACCACCAACAAAUACCUACACCCCUCCUUUCUACAUCUACUUCUACGUCAAAGACACAAUGUCCCCUUCCUGGACGAUGCUCUACACCUCCCCCGGGCCAACCGAACGAUUUCAACCGCAAAGACCUUUUCACGCAACAUCACCGCCGCAUGCACGCACCCUGGCAUCAACCUGGAGACCGACGAGCCCCCUCUGAGGAAGAACGUAAUGCCUUCGAAGCCAGUCUAGAAGAGGUCCGUCAGCGCUGCUGGCACGGUCUACGAACCCCGCCCCUGCAGAGUCACUGUGGAUUCUGUAAGGAAGUAUUCUCGGGUGAAGGAAGCUGGGACGUGCGCAUGGAACAUAUCGGUCGCCACUUCGAGAGGGAAGAUCGACGUGUUCUGGGGGUGGAAGAGGAGGAUCUUGCGCUGAGGGAAUGGGGAGUUGAGCAGGGCAUUUUGGUUGGUGUUGAUGGUGGUUGGAGAUUGGCUAGUUUGGUGGGAUUGUAG